AAAAAAGUAAUAGUGCUUGACGUCAUGCGAGCGAUGAGUAUUUAGCGAUAGUGGUUUCAUUAUUUGGUGGUGUUUUAGUGGACUUAAUAUUGAUGUUUCUUGUGAAAUAACAAAAAUGGAGACAGAAAGGAUGAUAGAAGAUACCAUAGCACCCCAGGUGACGUCAAUCACCAGCGUGGACUCAGGCGUACGGCCGAUGCCAAGUAGCGCCGCUUACGCAGCGGAGAGGGACGCGUGCCUCAACUACUUUACAAGAUGGAACGAAACGGACCAAGUGGAAUUCGUGGAGCAGCUACUAGCGCGGAUGUGUCACUAUCAGCACGGCCAUAUCAAUGCCUUCCUAAAGCCUAUGCUACAGAGAGACUUCAUCAGUAUGCUGCCGAAAAAAGGUCUCGACCACGUAGCGGAGAAUAUCUUAUCCUACUUAGACGCCAGUUCACUAUGUGCCGCCGAGCUGGUCUGCAGAGAGUGGCUGAGGGUCAUCUCGGAAGGUAUGCUGUGGAAGAAACUGAUAGAGAGGAAAGUUCGCACCGACUCGCUUUGGAGAGGGCUCGCGGAACGAAGAGGAUGGAUUCAAUACCUAUUCAAGCCGAAACCAGGUAGCCAGCAUCCGUCUCACUCCUUCUACAGACAACAGUAUCCGAAGAUUAUAAAAGAUAUACAGUCUAUAGAAGACAAUUGGAGAAUGGGAAAACACAAUUUGCAGAGGAUAAACUGCAGAUCAGAAAAUUCAAAAGGCGUUUACUGUUUGCAAUACGACGAUAAUAAAAUAGUGUCGGGUCUAAGAGAUAAUACUAUUAAGAUAUGGGAUAGGAAAUCAUUGCAGUGUGUCAGGGAACUUCAAGGCCAUACAGGUUCAGUUCUCUGUUUGCAAUAUGACGAGAGAGCAAUCAUAUCAGGGUCAUCAGACAGCACGGUCAGAGUUUGGGAUGUGAACACGGGCGCCAUGUUAAAUACUCUCAUCCACCACUGCGAGGCUGUACUUCAUCUGAGAUUCUGUAACGGGAUGAUGGUCACAUGUAGUAAGGAUCGCUCGAUAGCUGUAUGGGACAUGACCUCGACGACAGAGAUAAUGUUACGGAGAGUUCUAGUCGGCCAUCGCGCCGCCGUCAAUGUUGUAGAUUUUGAUGAAAAAUACAUAGUUAGUGCUAGUGGCGAUCGAACUAUUAAGGUAUGGAAUACGUCGUCAUGUGAAUUCGUCCGCACGCUAAACGGCCACAAGCGUGGUAUCGCCUGUCUGCAAUACAGGGACAGGCUCGUCGUCUCAGGAUCCUCGGACAAUACCAUCCGGCUGUGGGAUAUCGAGUGCGGACAGUGCAUACGAGUGCUCGAGGGACAUGAAGAGUUGGUCAGGUGUAUACGUUUCGACAACAAACGCAUAGUGAGCGGCGCGUACGAUGGUAAGAUUAAGGUGUGGGACCUCCCCGCCGCGCUCGACGUACGCACGCCCCACCAGGAACUCUGUCUCCGGACGCUCGUUGAGCACACAGGCCGCGUCUUCCGCCUCCAGUUUGACGAGUUCCAGAUAGUGUCAUCAUCGCACGAUGACACGAUAUUAGUUUGGGACUUCCUGAACUACGGCGGGGCUUCGCCCCCUGCGCAUCACGCGCCGCCGCCCCGAGCGCGCUCCCCAGACCUCGACAGAGACCGGGACCAUGAUUUGUACGACUAGUAUUUUAUGUAAGGACAAAACAAUAAAGACUUAUUUUAUGAUGCGGCGUCGCCCGCGGCUUCGAGUGACUGACGUUGCAACAAGGAAAAAUAAAACUGUUACCAUGACGACCGAGCUAAGGACUUUACGAACUUAUUAAAAUGAGAAGUUAAACUCUGGAAAGUAAAAUGUAACACCA